UGUGCAUGCGUGCGUACGCGGCGCGCGUGUGUGUCCAUGUGUGUAUGUAUGUACAACUAUAUAUUUUAUGUACAUCUUAUAUAUAUUUAUCCAUGCAAAAUGCCCUAAUGACCCAAUCAUUUCCAAUCCUUCAGCUGAACCAUAUGAACCCAAGGCAUGAAACACAAUCACCAAAUGAAAGAUACAGUGAACCGUGACGUUUCGAGUCGACUCCUCCCCUCAUCAGGCGGUGAAAGCAAACUAUUAUAGUGAGACUCGAAACGUUACAAAUUUCAGCUCAUUUCUUACUAUGGUUAUUUUGUUUCGAUUUUUGUACCCUCAUGAAUAUGUACUUUACCCUCAUGAAUAUGUACUUUUUGUACUUUUUGUUCCCAAACUCCUAAAUCUCCAACUGUGUGUGAGAUGAAACUGUCCGGGAUAAAGUCCAGUACGACCAAGUUUGUUACCGGAUGCACUGGUGUCGCCAGAUAAGGUUGUAUGACGAGCGUUGUAUGUGGUGUUGUAUCUGUCCUAUAGUGCCUCAGUCUUUCAAGCCGAAUGCGGGUCCACAUCUUUCGCUCAAUGCAAAACUUUCGCUCCGUAAACGUAUAGUGAUCUAGUGCACCUUGGAGAUACCUCCAUGUGAGCAAAUAGACUUUAGAAACAAAUCAAAACAGACAGAAAACCGAGAGAAGACAAACGCUAAUCCAGCCCCUGAUCGAUGAAGACAAAAGGGCGUGUGCACCGGUUCCAGGAGAGGCGUGUUAGUCUGACGUCGCUUCAAACGCAGGUGUGAGGUGUGGUGCGGCCGCCUCGCCUCUGCACGAGUCUCCCCGCCCGUCAUGGAGGGGCAGGGACGCGCGCCUCUCACCCUCUGGGCCUUCGUCACCCGCUACGACUUGACCCACACGGACGUCAACGGCGAGUGCAAUGACAACAAACCGUUGGUGUCUUUGGCCAUGCGGCCGGAGUGGACGGCUCGCGACGUGCAGAGGGAGCUGAAAAAGACUCUUAAACUUGACCAGUCUUCCGUGGAUUCAAGUCUUGUGCUUAAGGUUCGCAAUGGUGAAGGUAUGCUUUUGCCUAUGACACCCACAGCACUUAACAGUACAUCUAAACAACCUCUUGUUGUGGAGGUUUGCGCACCACACCAGCACGUGACUGGAACGGAGAGUGAUAUGGGCGCCCUCCCCGCCUCCUUCAGGAAGACGGUGGAAGGCCUCAUAAGCAACUACGAGACGAGGAGUAAUAUGAGAUAGUACAAGAUAAGAACAGCAAGGGCCUAAAAGAGAAUAGUACAAG